CGGCUCCUCCCCUUCAGUCUUGCACAGGUGUACUGGCUCCUCCCCCAUUCAGUCUUGCACAGGUGUACUGGCUCCUCCCCUUCAGUCUUGCACAGGUGUACUGGCUCCUCCCCUCCAGCCUUGAACAGGUGUACCGGCUCCUCCCCUUCAGUCCUGCACAGGUGUAUCGGCUCCUCCCUUUCAGUCUUGCACAGGUGUAUCGGCUCUCCCCUUCAGUCUUGCACAGGUGUACCAGCUCCUCCCCUCCAGUCUUGCACAGGUGUACCGCCUCAUCCCCUUCAGUCUUGCACAGGUGUACCAGCUCCUCCCCUUCAGUCUUGCACAGCUGUACAGGCUCCUCCCCUUCAGUCUUGCACAGGUGUACCAGCUCCUCCUCUUCAGUCUUGCACAGGUGUACUGGCUCCUCCCCUUCAGUCUUGCACAGGUUUACCAGCUCCUCCCCUUCAGUCUUGCACAGGUGUACCGGCUCCUCCCCUUCAGUCUUGCACAGGUUUACAGGCUCCUCCCCUUCAGUCUUGCACAGGUGUACAGGCUCCUCCCCUUCAGUCUUGCACAAGUGUACAGGCUCCUCCCCUUCAGUCUUGCACAGGUGUACUGGCUCCCCCCCCCCCGGGGUUGCUUCUUAGCCAAGGCAGUGGACUCGCUCACAAUUCUGCCUUAGAACACCGCCAUGAAUGAGGAAUGGUCCAUAAACCUCCUCCGAGAGCGAC